AUGGAUUCAUCACAGCCAGAAAUGUUGCUGUUGCUAUCACAGAUAUGUGCUGUUGUGAUGAUUGUUUUGUGUUUAUUUGGAGUUGUUGGGAAUUCCCUCUCGCUGUACAUCUAUACAAGGCCUGCAUUUCGAAAGAGAUCAAUCAAUAUACUGUUGUCCGCACUAUCUGCUUCUGAUCUUUUUGUCUGUAUUCUCUCUAUACCGGUAUUUAGCAGUGUUCACCUACAGUACAUAUUGCCAGUCUCUGAAAAAUCGAUUGCUAUGAUGAUGUUCUACGCGUAUCCGAUCACUGUGAUGUUCCAAUCGAUGAGCGUUUGGUUGCUUGUAUCGAUCACUGUUGAUCGAUAUUUAGCUGUUUGUCAUCCGUUCGAUGUUGUCAGUUAUAGUACUAGACCACGAGCACUUCUGACUGUAUUUCUAAUAGUGGUCUUCUCAAUUGCAUAUAAUUUUGUUCGAUUUUGGGAGUUCCAAAUCAUAGAGUCCCAUUCAGAAUCAGUCGAGGCCAUAGUUCAACCACUUCUUCGAGACAGUCCACUAUUUCUGUUAUGGUACCAGAAUAUCGCCACAUUGUUAUCGCAGUUUGUGCUACCUCUAUUAGUACUUUGUAUUUUAAACUUGCAGGUAGCAAGGACUAUACUUAUGGCAGCAGAACACCGAAGAGAAUUGGUAGCUUCCGAGAAGCGUGAGCAUAGCACUGCCAAAAUGAUGAUUUUUGUGGUUAUAGUGUUUCUUGUAUGUUACACUUUCUCGUUUAUACUUAAUGUUGCUGAAAUCUUAUUCUCUUCAUUAUUCCGACAUCCUGUUGGUUAUUUGCUGAAUGACAUUAAUAAUAUUUUAAUUGUGGUUAACACAUCGUCACCUUUUAUAUUCUACAUCAAAUAUUCAACUAGAUAUCGUAACCAGCUUCGUACGUUGUACGGUAUUCGUUGGUUCGUGGCUAAAAUAAAAUUUGUCGACAGUAAACCAUCAAGGGCAUCUGAGAGAUUAAUGCUUACAACACACGGGAAAGUUGCACGAGAAACAUUGGACAGCUAUACGUGCAUAGGGAACGGAUUCAUGACGAAGCCGAAAAUUGAAGACGUAGAGAAUCCACAGUAG